GGCCAUUGCACCUUUCCCCUAUGAAAUAAUAAAGGACCCUUGUAGUAGUUUCCAACAAAGCAGGUUCCAAAAUGUCGGGAGAGGUGUACCUGCUAUGGCUUCUGUCGUUCCUGCAGACGCUCUCUGCGUACGGAGCCGAGCUGUCAUCCGAGGCCUGCAGGGAGCUGGGCUUCUCCAGCAACCUUCUGUGCAGCUCCUGUGACCUGCUCGGGGAGUUCAGCCUGACCAGUCUUCAACCUAUGUGCCGGCAGUGCUGCCAGCAGGAGGCUCAGAUGGAAACACGCAAGCUUUAUGCUGGCGCUAUCCUUGAGGUCUGUGGAUGAAAACUGGGGAGGUUCCCUCAAGUCCAAGCUUUUGUCAGGAGCGAGAAGCCAAAGAUGUUUAAAGGUCUUCAGAUCAAGUACGUCAGAGGCUCUGAUCCUAUCCUCAAGCUCUUGGACGAUAACGGGAACAUCGCUGAAGAGCUCAGCAUCACCAAGUGGAACACAGACAGCGUUGAAGAGUUUCUGAGUGAGAAGUUAGACCGAAUAUAGACACACACAAAACAAUCCUUUUUUAAUAUAGAACUUAAAUGGUCCAUUAAAUUACAAAGAAACAGAACUUCAAUUUGGACAAGUCAACAAAAACUUUGCUUUUUGUUUCAACUGAUUUAUGUCAUUAUUUAGCUGUUUGUAUACAACCUGGAUAUGUUGGUUAAAUCAUUGAUCUGUAUGACCGUUUUUGUUUCUGAAUAUCAUAAAUCUCUGUGUGGAUUUCACCAGAUGACUUAACUAAAACCCUAAAACAUGUUCAGAGAGUCAGUUUCACACAUCAAUCAUGCCUUGCUAAUAGGCCGUUUGGCUAACGUUCUUCUUUUUGUCUGAUAUUCUUGUAAAAUGAUUAUUUUUAUGAAGCUUAACAUUGUGACCAGCAGGAUGUGCAGUAAGUUAGAGUGAAUCCCUUUUCCUCAGCGAAUGCAUCCAGCUCUGCUGAAGCACACGUCAGUGAAGAGCUCGCAGUAAACCAGUUGUGGGAUGUGAGCUCUGAUAGAAAUGUGUGUUUCUGCAUGGCUGCUUUGAAGAGGAACUGGGUUUUUUGCAGGGUUUGUUUAUGAGCUGGAUGAUGGGAUUAAUAUGCAACAAUAAACAUAAUAUCUUCAA